UAUUGUUAAAAUUAUAGGAAUAUUAUAGUCUAAAGGUCUAAGGGAUAGAAAGUGAUAUUUGUUAUAAUUAAUAAGAUUUUACGAAGAAUAAAUAUUCCCUAAUAUUUUAUGUGAGCCUAUUGUUUGAACAUAAUAAAAUUAGUAUUAAAAAAUGUAAAGGUUUUCAAUAUAAAUUUUGGCAGUAGAGGUAAUACACCUGUGUAACUUGCGUCUUAACGCAUAAAUAAUAUGGAUUCAAAUGAAAAUAACCAAAGUGACCAGGUGAAAGCUUUGGAAUCAUCGGUAUUAAAAUCAGAAGCUGUGAAAGAAGAGCCAGAAGACAAUGAAAAUUCUGAACUCUCAAAUUAUAACAACGUUGAAAAAAUAGAUGUUGAUGCUAAUCCGAGUAAUUUACCAUCAAAUGGCCAGAAACGCAAGAGCCCCGAGAAAUCAUUGCCGGAGAACGAUUGUAAUGAUAACCCAAAUAGCAUAAAAAGACGAAGGUAUACUGAUACGCAAACUGAGGAUCAGGUCGAUCCUAGUAUAGAAGAGGAGCCAAAGUUCUCUUUGAUAGUGAGGAAUGCAAGUUGUGACUGGACAUCACAACAGGUUCUCAACUUCAUCCGGGAUACUUGUGGUGUUCACAUAUCGAAAAUAAACGACAGUAGAGAGGGCAACACGGAUUCAGAUUUUCAAAUUAAACUGAAUUUUGCUUCCAAGGAACAACUUGAUGCAGUUAGGGAGAAAUUAAGAGAGAAAGAGUUUGAAGGAAAACUGACUAUCGCAAUUGAGAGCGAAAUGGUUGAGGGGGCACAAGAAACCAAAGAUGAAAGAGACAGCGAGGCUGACUCCAACGUUAUCACCGGAAUAGGAGAUAGAGACUCACAAAAUGUUGAAAGUCCAUCAAGAAAUAACGAAGAAAACGAAACUGAGUCGAACGAUUUCCACAUAAAGGAAGAUUAUCUUCGUUCGUUAGGGAUUUUGCCACCUAUCACUAAUUGGGUUGAUGUCACGAAUUUUCGCUGUGAUAAAUCAGAGUUGAAGGAAGUAUUGGAGUUGGCAGGUAGGGUAGUAAUGUGCUCUGUUGUCACAUCUCUGCACAGAUAUGCCAAUGCUAUGUACAGCCACCCUCUGGAAGCUGUUCAGGCAGUGUCAAUGCUUAAUGGGCAAAUAUUCUACGGGAAAAAACUUAAAGUCACUAUAAACAGAUCCCCUAACGUUAAAACCUUGUUGCCCAAAGGUCUUGUAAGUGUAGGGCCGGGUUUAGGCAAAUUCGGAAAACCGGUUCGAGAUUUACCUGAUCAAUACAAAAGAUUCAUUCAAGGACAAAACUCUGCGAUUGAUGCGAGUUUGUUCCAACCAGACCUUCUCAAUAGAAUCGGGGUGACCCUCGAUCGGGACAUUAAUUAUUCACGUUCCUCCGGGACUCCUUAUAGUCAAACUAGCCAAACCGAUUUAUGCACAAGAAACAGUGCUGAUUCCAGUGAAAGUUUGUCCCAAAUUUCGCACAUGGAUGAAAAUCAAUUUGGUCCUAUCGGACAAAAACCGAGUUUCCAUAAUACGCCUUUGACGAAUUUUACUGGUCAAAACUGUUCUGUCAAUAUAAACUCCAAUGGCUCAAAUAUUUCAGCGAAUCGAAUGCCUGUCAUGACUACCAGGGAUCCUAGAAGCAACCAGAAUUACAUUUGUCCCCCAGUAUCAAACGAUUCAGAUAGACUUGUUAUUUCCUCUGCUGUUAUAAAUCCCCAACAUCCCGUUUCGGGGCAAAUCAGAGGACCGGGUGCUAUCCAGAAUUCGGGUCGUGUUUUGGGGAUAGCCAGUUCUGGGUCUAUAUCAGGUUCGGGUCUAAUAAAUUAUCCUGGACCUAUGACAAACUCUGGUCCGAUUUCUGGACCUAACCCCAUGCCUGGCCUCGGACCUUUGUCUGUUUCUGGUCCUAUGCCUAGGCCUGGUGUUAUUCGCGGUCCCAUGUCUAUGCCUGGCCCUAUUUCAGGUCCUGGACCUUUAUCAGGACCCGUUCGAGUCCCUGGUCCUGGAAAUCUUCAAUUAAGACAUAGUCCUAUUUCUGGAUGUGCAAGACCUAUGACUCAAGGUCAUCCUUCUGGACCAUUACAAUUAACAGGUCCAAGAGGCCCACGACCCAAUCAAAUGGUUCAUAUUUCAAUAGGCCCUAGAGUACCAGCACCAUUAAAUAGAUUCCCCACUCCUAUAAGUCCUAUGGCAUCACGGCCUUUGGCACCUAGCGGACCUGUUCAGAACGCGAUAAGACCAAAUGGACCACGUCUGAUGACCACAAACGUUCAAAUGUUCAGAAGCGAUCCGGUCACACUACAAAUAAGCAACUUGCCACCGAAUACGAAUUUCCUGAAUCUCGGUCACAAAUUAUCUGAACUAGGUCACGUAGUGUACUUGGAGUUCACAACACCUGGAUGUGCUGUUGUGAGGUUUGCGAACCCAGCUGAUGCUGAUAGAUGCUUUCAGAAUUAUCGGAAUGUUCUAGGAUGAAACUUGCUGAUCAGCGAAUGCCUUAUACCUACAAUCGAAAAUAUGUUGGUGCUGUAUAAGGCGAUGAGAUUUUUCUUUAUCUUAUACAUAGGCUUUGCACUCGCACAUAUAAUAUAUUGUAUAACAUAAAUUAACUCUCCCAAUUCUUCACAACGCGGACUGUUUAUUUCCAGCUUUCCAAUCUCUAUGUCUAGUUUUCAACACGUCAUAAAACGUUUUAUAUAGAGACUUAGUGUCAUAAUUACGUUCAAAGUUAGUUGAAUGCUGAAGAACCUUAGUAUGAAGUACCAUGAAGUACUAAGAAGUUUGAAGUAGGGAUGUUGCGGAUGCCUUUUUUCACAUCCGCGGAUGUAGAGACGGACGGACGGAUGGACAAAAAGCUUUUGUCUCGUUAGCUUAAAAUUUUCAUCUUUUUUUGUUUAAAAUUUAAGUAGUGAGUGAAUUCCUAUAAAUGAUUAACUAUUUUAACUAUAAAAUUUGAAUACGGAAGCAUUAUAUUCAAUGAUACGUAUAAAGGUUGUCGCUUUUUGGCAAUGCAGGUUAUUUGUUGCUAUUAAUCCUUUGCUAUUAAAAAAACUGUGUCUUUGGUAGACUCUCAUAUGGAGCUAAUAAUAAUAUGCGUGUUUUUAGAUAACAGUUUGAAGUCGCGUUGAUUAAGAUUCUACCAUUUAAGUAUUAAGAGAAGUGUCAAUAAAUUAAUUCUCUUCUUAUGUGAGUAGCUUCUUGAAAGUUGCAUCAGAGCUGAAAAUAUCUGGUGUUUCUUUACUCUCACGUCAUUUGGAGAAUUCAGUGUCAUGGCAAUAUUAUUAGACGAGAUGCAAAUACGAAUGAUCGUGUAUACGGAUGUGGAUGCCAACAUUCGCAACAUCCCUAAUUUGAAGUUCCAUAAAUGCUAUUGGAAAGGGUCACUGUUAGCAGAUGCUAAUACAAAGUAUUUAAUUAUAUUUAUAGCCAAUGUGAUCUCGUUAGUCCUAAUACAAGUAGUAUUUUUGUCCACUAACUUAUUAAUUAACGAAUUUUAAGUGAAUACGAAUUUAUUGUUAUAGUAAAAGUCAUUUAAUUUUAAACCUUUAUCAUUUUAUGUAUUCAACAACACAAAAAACACGACUCAUCUGACAGUGCUAUUUCGCAUUGUGUUAGUGUAUUUAGAAUUGUGUGCCAAUGAAAUUGGUUGAUGUGAGGGUAGUUUUAACUCGUGCUAGCUAUAGUCCAUUCAUCACGUGGUACUGUUAUUCUGUAAUGAUUUUAGUCCUAAGUAUUGUAUAAUUUCUCGCAAGUGUGAUGGUAAGGAUUGGUGAUUAUUGAGCUUUGGUAGAGUUUCGUGAAAACUUUGCAAGAUUAGAAAAGACUGAGAGCAUAUUAAGCGGGAAUCUCGUUACGUUUUUGAAUUGUUGCAUUUUAUGUAUAAAGUUGGGAAAGAACAUUUUAGUAAUGUGUAAAUAUAUACAAAAAAAAACUUCCGAUGUUUUGGGGUAUUAAACAUCAUCCUAUUAUUAAGAUGAAUCAAUGAUGAGAGCAUUUUAGAACAAUGUUUACGAAGAUUCGUGAUUUUUUUUUCAAUGUAUAAACAAUAUUUACAGUGUCUAUUAUAAAAAAUCACAACGUCCGGUAUCAUUAUACGUUGUUUUCAGAAUCUUAUUAUACGGCUAUAGACAAUAGAUGGAUGCUUUUUUCUUAUCGGAAAGUCAUUACAAUAUCCAUCAAGGUAUAUAUACAAAAAUAUGUUUCUUCAAGACUGUAACAUCGUCAUUAAUGUUGUAGUAAAAUGAUUAAAAACUUCAUUUAUAAAGUUGAAAGUAUCAUAAUCAUUGCUGAUUUUAACAACUACCCACAUUAUCAUAAAAUGCAAGAAUUAAUUUCAUUGUCUAUUCUCUGCAAGCCGAAACCUAUUUUCUUGUGAGCUUUAAUUUAUUGUUAAAUCUUAAUUAUUUUAUACGAUGCAUUUCUAGUUUAGGUAACUCUUUGGUUGUAUGUAAACCUAUAUAUUUAAAUAUAAGUACUAGCUGCAGUGUCUAAGUAACUACCUAUAUGGAAUUAUAUUCAUUAUAUUUUCAUAUAACUUAUAUGACGUCUACUAUUAAAUAAGGCUUUACGGUUAAGGAUAUAUUAUUAUUUGAUUACAUUAAACAUGUGUGUAUAAAUGCAAUUAAUAUAACUUAAUGAUAUUAGUUCCUUUACUUGUUCACGUUUUCGUCUAGUUUGUUGCUUUUAUAUAAAAAAAUAUAUAUAUAUAAUAUUUUUAAUAUUCUUAAAAUACAUUUAAGUCUUAAAAGACAUUAAAGUCGUUUAAUUUUGCUGUCCUACGUGUUACUUAAAGUAUAUAAGGAUUAGUUGUAAGUCAUUGUUCGUAAAAAAUGGAUGUGAUUAAACCGAAUAAAUAAAUAAUGACUGAAGAAGUGGA